AUGACCGCGCCUUUACGACAUGAGCUUGUGCGGCAAGUGGACAAAUCUUUCAUGAAGUUUCCUUGGGAGAAAGGAAGACUGGCUAAGGUGUUGGGAAAAGAUGCAACCAUUGGCACAUCUGUGACAGGCGUACAACUGGCUGAUCGAAAUCCCAUCAAGCUUGACUUUGUGAGAAGUGAUGAUCAACGUACAAGCGUAGCAAUGAGCGAAAGGUAUGAAGCACCAUCCUCCUGCCUAUUCACCAUGUUUGUGAGAGACCAGCAAUCCAGAGCAGUUAAUGUUGACAGAGAGUCGCGCAGAGAUGCAGCAGUUGACAAGUGGGUUGGAAUCUUGAAAGAUGACUAUGAGCACAGCCUUCCUGGUCGUCAAGCCCUCAAUGAAUCUCUACCCAGCAAGAGAGAGACUUACCUGAAGAGUGUUGUCAAUGCCACCUUCUUGUUGAAGAGUCCAGGGACACUGUUGAAGAGGUAUUACGCAAUCCGAGCAUUCGUCUUCUGGAUGCACGACAGACAUUCGAGGCCUUGGCUACCGAUGCUGGAGAUUGAUGCUUGGUCCUAUGUGCGUUCGUUGGCAAAGGAUGGAGCAGCGGCUACGAAAGGGAACAGCUUCCUAGAGGCGGCUAGAUUCUGCCACUUCGUGUUGGGGAUCACAGGUGCUGACAAUGUGGUUGCAAGCUUGCGAGUGAAAGGUCUUUCGGCGCAAUUGUGGGUGACGAAGAGGCCUUGGCAACCAGCAUCAGUGUUGACUGUGGAUGAGGUGUUGAAACUUCAUAGUUAUCUGAUGGAUGAGACCAACAACGCAGUGGACAGGCUUUUUGUUGGUCAUUUGUUGCUGCUGCUCUACUCUCGUUCUAGGUGGAGCGACCUUGCCAAUGUCACGGAGUGCUACUUGGACGAGGAGCAAGCCUAUGUCGAGAUCAGGACAAAGGUGCACACCGACUUGAAAAGUCGACUGCUGCCAAUUGUGGCACCAGCCAAGGGCAUCGAUGGAAGUUCUUGGGCGGUGACAUACAUGGGACUUCGUGAUACCUGUGGGCUCGGGCCAGUCAAUGACUCAGGAGGACCAGUACUGCCAGCGCCAUUGGGCGACGACGAGUGCAUUGCUUGGACAAACCGUGCUUUGUCACCAGAAGAAGGCAUGCUGACGCCGAUUCCUCAGACGGCGCCUGCACCGGUCACACCUGGGAUUCCUUUGAUGUCAACACAGCAGACGAGCCAGCAGUCCUUGAACAAGCAGAGUGAUGUCACUGCAGAGACGAGGAGUGAUGGGCCUUCGACUGAGCAAGUGGAAGUCGAUGUCGACGAUGCGAGCUGGACCCAAGUGGAAAUGCCAGUACCCAAAAUCCUGUCUGAAGAGGCCAUUGCAGAGAUGAGCGGUAGCCUUGUGAAAGAUUGGACAGAGCUGGAGCAUGAGCUGACGAGUGAAGAUUCAUCCUCCACGGAUGGUGAAGAGGUUCAGGCGGGAAAUGACCUCGUCAAACAGUUUGCGCCGAAGUUUGAGUGUGACUUCGUGAACAUCAAAUCCUUGGUCAUUCACUGCAUCCGCGAACGAGAUGUCUUCAGGUGUGGACGUAAGCUAUGCAGCUCUUACGUGCCGUGCUAUGAACCUGGAGGUUAUAAAUGCAGCAAGUGCUUCCGUGUGUAG